AUGACCACACCACACCUCGACGCCCUCAAGCGCGAUGGCUUCGUCGUCAUCCGCAACAUCCUCACCCCCUCCGAAAUAAACCACUACCGCACCAUUGCUACCGAAGCAACCACCAAAACCCGCACUGGAAGCUGGCCACACUUUCGCACCGUCCCUAAACAAUUCCCCCCAUGGCCAACAAUCCCACCCCCAGCUUCAGAGGGUGGAAUCUGGGGCGUGCAGCAUCUCAUGCACCCGUCAAUGCCCGGCCGUGACUCCUUUGCACAAUGUUACUUCUCGCCUUCGAUCCUCGCCGUCGUCGAAGAAUUAGUCGGCGUGAGACCAAACACAGUUCCCGAGCCUCUAGUAAUGGAAUUAUUCAACCUUCUCGUCGCGCCGGAAACCAAGGAUUUCGAACUCCGCUGGCACCGUGAUGAUGUUCCUGAGACCGCCACCGCCGAAGAAGAGAUCCAGCAGCUUGAAGCGAAGUCACCAGGGGGACGGCAGAGUCAUGCGCAGUAUAAUCUCGCACUGUGUCCUGAUGCGUCGUUGAUUGUCGUUCCGGGGUCGCAUCGGCGCGCGAGGACAGACGCGGAAAGGAACGCUGAUCCGUAUGAAGCGAAUAUGCCUAAUCAACUGGUUGUGCAGCUUCAGCCCGGUGAUGCAGUGUUUUAUGAUAGGGGGGUCUACAAGGCUAAAGAGGAGGGUGGGGAGGAGACUCGAUUGACUCUUCAUGGAAGUGUGGGGUUGAAGGCGGAUGAUGAGACGGAUGCUGAGAAGAAGAAGGUGAGGGCCACGGCUGUCUUGCAGCAUGGAGUCGGGGCUUGGGUGCAUAGUGAUGAGGCGGCGUUUGGGCUCGGGGAAAGGGCAGAGAAUAUGAGGGCGAAUCUUGUGGCUAUGGGGACUGGGGAGGGAGUUGGGUUCUCAUUGCAGGGUUAA